UUUUAGUUAUUAGCAAACCGGCAAUAGUUUCGAACCUUCAUUAAUAUUUAGUCAAAUUUAUUCAAAACUUCUAUUCACUUUUAAUAAAACAAAGUUUUUAUUUCAAUAUGACGAUAAUGGAACAGAUUUAUUUAACGAAGAUAUUGGUUUUCUGCACACUAAUUUUUCAAGCAAAAACUGUAAUGGGAUGCACGUGCAGGAAGGUGCCAUUAGUGGAACAAUUUUGUAAUGCUGAUUUUGUUAUCAAGAUGAAAAUCAAUAGCCACACAGAUAUCGGAAAUCCAAUUUCGUAUUAUCCAAUUGAAACUCGCAUAUACCAAUUUGACAUUAUGAAGGUCUAUAAGAUACGUUCUAACGAUAUCAUUCCAAUGUUAUUACACGGGGAGAUGACUACCGAUUAUAAAUAUUCCUGUGGAGUUAGGUUGGAAGAUGGUGAUACUCUAAUAUAUGGUGGAAAUUUCAUCGAGUCUCAGUUGCCCGACAUGCAUACAUGUGAUUUAACAAUACACGAUGAAGAAGCCAUGAAAAAAUUUGAAAAAAAUAAUUUCAUUUAUAACCCUUAUUAUUGUGAAUACUUAAACUUUGACAGGGAGAGAUCCAAAUUUUUUUAUAGAAACUUAGAAUAAUGUUAAAAAUUUUAAAUUUAUCGAUAAGCUGAUUGAUUGAUUGAGUAUUUAUUGAAUUUUAUUUUGUUAGCCCGUCAUCUAUUUAUUAAAUUUUAUCUUAUCCAUCAGUUUACAAAAUAAUAUCAAUUAGUCAUAUGGAAUUUAGUUGUGACUGUUCAGUAUUCUAAAACAAAUUCAUAUCUUAUACUUUUGAUUGCAAUUGACAUUAAAAAAAAAAAAUU